CUCUGAAAAUUCAAAACAAAACAUCUGUUGACAGGAUGGCGCUGUAAUUUUAAGGGAUGAUUGCCUUUGCUUUGAAGUGUACUCAAAACUUUCCACUUCAAUCAAUCAUUGCACUGUUCACUUUUUUCAAAGCCUGCUGAUGUAAAAAAAUGUUUUCGUUUGAUUUCGAAUCAUGGAGUGACAUUUUUCUGGAGCAUUACUUAGUGAGUGUUCUAAUUAGUGUGAUUUUCGUGAUUGCUACUCUUAUUAUAUCUAUGAAAUAUGGUCAAACCAAAAAGAUAGAUGAAAAAAUGGUUUGUUCGGAAAACAAUAAUGCAGAUGAAAAUUUAGUUAAAUCCAUUCCUGUAAUACAGUUGAAAAAAUCUCCUGCACUUUUGGCUGAAAAGAUUAUUCAAGAAAAAAUGACAGAUGAACAAAGAAACCAUGAAUAUGAGGUGCAGCAAAAACAGCUGGCACAAAUCUUUGAAUUGAUGCAAAAACAAAGUGAUAAAUUUGGGAAUAUAAGUUUAUCAGAAGUAAGAGAGCAAUUCAAGCUAUACCAGUGACAAAUGGAUGCUUUUUAAUGUAAAUAUUUAUAGUAUCGUAAUAUCUUUAUGCCAAAGUUUUGUUUUGUAUAUUUAUAUUUAUUUUUUACUAUUGGUUUAUGUAUUAUAGGCUUUAUUAUAUUGUAGUUUACACAAUUUUUUUAUUACAAGAAGUCAUUAAUAAAUAGUUCUAUAUGUUUUUAA